UAACAGUGCGGUACCCGAAGCGAGGCGACAACGCGGACAGAGCAGGUCGGGGGGCUGCUGGCGUUGUAGGGUCUGUCCGUUCACUGACAGUCCUCUCCCCUCCCAUUAGUCCUCUUAACUUGACCACCCACCCCCGCCCCGCUUCACUGCCCCUCUCCAGUCCCCUCUCACCCCUUCACCUGACUCUCAGCUGUUUCACCCUGCCCUGUAUCCCCCCCUCCUCGGCGCUCCUGAUCAUAGCAGCAUACUUCUUCGUAACACACACACAGAAUGCCGGAGGAUCUCAGCAGGUCAGGUAGUAUCUAUGAAAGCUCUUAAAGAAAGACAAAAAUGACCCGUUGGGCUCGUGCUAAUAACAUCCAUAAGAAGAAAGUCUCAGCAGCAACCCCAUGGAGUCAGAUGAAACAAAAUGGUGGCCCAAGUCAGGCAAAAGCCAGUGGCAAAUUCAGUAAAAACCAGCGAGCCAAGCAUGGAAACAAGCCACAACAAGUUAGACGGAAGGAAAGUGAAUGGUACCACAAGAAAGAGGAGUAUCACAGUGAAGAUGUUAAUGGCUUCAUGGACUACCUGAAAAAUACAGGUCGAGCUCUCCAUAAAGGAACAUUGGUGUCUGUAGAUAGUGAAGAGAUAAAUAGCAAUGCAGCUCUGGCCCUGAAGAAGGACCAGAGAAGAGAGCAUAGAAGGUUGAAGAGGCAAGCACAGAAAAAAAAUGCCAUGAUAUGUUUCCACUGCAGAAAAGCAGGACAUGGAAUGGAGGACUGCCCGGAAAUGGAUAAGGAUCCGGAGAUGGGAAGUGGUAUCUGUUAUCGGUGUGGUUCUACAGAACACGAGAUCCAGAAAUGCAGAGCAAAGAUUGAUCCUGCGCUAGGAGAAUUUCCAUUUGCCAAAUGUUUUAUUUGUGGUGAAACUGGGCAUCUUUCAAGGUCCUGUCCGGACAACCCAAAGGGACUGUAUGCAAGCGGGCGUUGUUGCAAGCUGUGUGGUUCGGUAGAGCACUUUCAGAAGGACUGCCCUGAUCAUCAGAACACAAGUAAUCGUAUUCUUACUGUUGGCCGAUGGACAAAAGGAAUGAGUGCGGAUUAUGAGGAAAUCCUAGUCACUUCAGAUGCUCCCAAAACUAAACAUAAAACUCCAAAGAUUGUCAAUUUUUAACCAGUGCCUUCAAACUGAGAAUUUCAUUGAUCUCCCUGCAAGUCACCAAGACAGGAAAAAGUGGACGUUAUUUUAACAGGAAAUACAGUACUCUAAAUUCCAUUUUAUACCAGCAGAUGGAGCAAUUGCUUGCCAAAUCCAAGAUCUUUGGCCCCGGCUCUAAUAAAUAGUUGUAUGCGUUUACCACGAGUUUAACUUUCAAACAGUAAAUGGAGCUUUAUUUUAAAUGA